CUCAGCCCGGGCCCCGCCCCCCAGCCCGACAGGUCCGAGGGGCACGGCGACCCCCGGCUCACUCGACUCACUCGUCCCGCGGCCGCCCGGAGGAGGAUGUCGCCGCCGCGCUGCGCCCCGGGGGGCGGCCGCCUCCUGGUCUUGCUGGCUCUGCUGCUGCCCGCGCCGCCUCCCGCCCGCGCCCCCGCACCCCCGCGUCCUGCCGCAGCCUUGCUCCAGGCCCUGGGGCUGCGCGACGCGCCCCGGGGCGCCCCGACGUCCCGGCCCGUGCCCCCCGUCAUGUGGCUCCUGUUUCGCGGCCGGGACCCCCAGGAGACCCGGGCCGGCUCCCGACGGACGCCCCCGGGGGCCCCCUUGCGACCGUGCCACGUGGAGGAGCUGGGGGUCGCCGGCAACAUCGUGCGCCACGUCCGGGAUCUCGGUGCCCCGGCGCGGCCCCCGGAGCCCGGCGCGGCCACCGGCGCGUGCCCCGAGUGGAGCCUCGUCUUCGACCUGGCGGCUGUGGAGCCCGCGGAGCGCGCGAGUCGGGCGCGUCUGGAUCUGCGCUUCGCGGCGGUGGCAGGGGCCCCGGCGGGCGGCUGGGAGCUAACCGUGGCAGUGGCGGCGGCUGGGCGCCCGGGGCGGCGGGAGCUGCUGCGCCAGGCCGUGGCCUCGGUGGCGGCGCCGGUGCGCGCCGAGCUACCGCCCGCCACCGCCUGGGCCCUCAACGCCUCGGCGCCGCGCGCGCUCCGCCUGGCGCUGGCGCUGCACCCCCCGGGCCCCGCCGCUUGCGUUCGCCUGGCCGAGGCCUCGCUGCUGCUGGUGACCCUCGACCCGCGCCUCUGCCAUUCCCCGGCCCGGCCGCGGCGCCAGGCGGGGGGCGGUGGCCCCGGGGGCGCGUGCCGUGCGCGGCGCCUCUACGUGAGCUUCCGCGAUGUGGGCUGGCACCGCUGGGUCAUCGCGCCGCGCGGCUUCCUGGCCAACUUCUGCCAGGGCCGCUGCGCACUGCCCGACGCCCUGGGCGCCGCGGGGCCGCCCGCGCUCAACCACGCCGUGCUGCGCGCGCUCACGCAGGCGGCCCGCGGCGCCCCCGGAGCGUCCUGCUGCGUGCCCGCGCGCCUGGCGCCCAUCUCCGUGCUGCUCUUCGACAACAGCGACAACGUGGUGCUGCGGCGCUACGAGGACAUGGUGGUGGACGAGUGCGGCUGCCGCUGAGCCCCGCGGCCCAAUAAACCCUGGUGUCUGC